UGGAGUUAUGUACCUCUGAACCGCCGCCAUGGAUUGCAAUCCGCGAUCACUCCUUUUUAUUUUACCUCUUAUCCUGUCCUGCGUUCUUCCUGCGUUUCCCAUCACCUAUCCUUCCAAUGAAGUCAACCUGCUGGACUCCAAAGCAAGCCAGGGGGAGUUAGGGUGGAUAUCCUACCCAUCGCACGGGUGGGAGGAGAUCAGUGGGGUGGAUGAGCACUACACUCCCAUCAGGACCUUCCAGGUCUGCAACGUGAUGGAGUACAGCCAGAACAACUGGCUUCGUACCAACUGGAUCCCGCGCCAGUCGGCCCAGAAGAUCUACGUGGAGCUCAAGUUCACCCUGAGGGACUGCAACUCCAUCCCGUUGGUUCUGGGCACCUGCAAGGAGACAUUCAACCUCCUCUACCUGGAGACGGAUGAUGACCAGGGCAGCCGCUUCCGAGAGCACCAGUUCUCCAAGAUCGACACCAUCGCCGCCGACGAGAGCUUCACCCAGAUGGACCUCGGUGACCGCAUCCUCAAGCUCAACACGGAGGUGCGCGAGGUGGGGCCCAUGACCAAGAAGGGCUUCUACCUGGCGUUUCAGGACGUGGGCGCCUGUGUGGCCUUGGUUUCGGUGAGGGUUUACUUCAAGAAGUGCCCGUUCACGAUCAGGAACCUGGCUUCCUUCCCUGACACGGUGCCCAUGGACUCCCAGUCGCUGGUAGAAGUCAAAGGUUCGUGUGUCAAUCACUCCAAAGAAGAGGAGCCGCCACGAAUGUACUGCAGCACAGAGGGGGAGUGGCUUGUACCCAUUGGGAAGUGUCUAUGUAACCCGGGGUACGAGGAGCGAAGCAGCACCUGCCAAAUGUGCAGGCCAGGCUUCUACAAAGCAGCGCUGGGAAACACGGAGUGCGCCAAGUGUCCUCCCCAUAGUUUCUCUCACCAUGAGGGGGCGCUGCACUGUGGCUGUGAGAAGAACUACUUUCGUGCGGAGGGAGACCCCGCCUCUAUGGCCUGUACCCGUCCUCCUUCUGCUCCUCGGAACGUGAUCUCUGUCAUCAACGAGACGUCGGUGAUCCUGGACUGGAGCUGGCCGGAGGACACUGGCGGCCGGCGGGACAUCACCUUCACUGUCCUGUGUAAACGGUGCCGGGGCGGUGGUAACGGCAGUGGUAACAGCGGCACCCAGCGCUGCGAGCCUUGCCGGAGCAACGUGCGCUUCCUGCCGCGGGCUACGGGUCUCCGUAACACCACGGUGACGGUGGGCGACCUGCUGGCACACACCAACUACACCUUUGAGAUCGAGGCGCAGAACGGCGUGUCGCCUCUGGCACCGAAGCUGAGACAGUACGCUGCCGUCACCAUCACCACCAACCAAGCUGCUCCCUCUCCCGUAACGGUGAUCAAGAAGGAGAAGACGUCUCGCAACAGCAUCUCCCUGUCCUGGCUGGAGCCAGAGAGACCCAACGGCAUCAUCCUCGACUACGAGGUCAAAUACUACGAGAAGGAGGAGCAGGAGACCAGCUACACCAUCCUGCGCGCCCGAGGCUGCAACGUGACUCUGAACGGUCUGAAGGCCGACACCGCCUACCUGCUGCAGAUCAGAGCUCGCACCGCCGCUGGAUACGGAGCCAGCAGCCCCAGCUUCCAGUUCGAGACCAGCCCCGACUCAGCCUUCUCGAUCUCCAGUGAGAGCAGCCAAGUGGUUCUGAUUGCCAUUUCCUCCGCCGUGGCCAUCAUCCUGCUCACUGUGCUGCUCUAUGUCCUGAUUGGCAGGUUUUGUUGCCACAGCAAAUCCAAACAUCCCGAUGAGAAAAGACUGCACUUUGGCAACGGCCACUUGCGUCUGCCGGGCAUCAGGACAUACGUGGACCCGCACACCUACGAGGACCCCAGCCAGGCUGUGCACGAGUUCGCCAAGGAGCUGGACGCCUCCUGCAUUGCCAUUGACAAAGUGGUGGGAGCAGGUGAGUUCGGCGAGGUGUGCAGCGGUCGCCUGAAGCUGCCCAGUAAGAAGGAGAUCUGCGUGGCCAUCAAGACGCUGAAGGCUGGCUACACGGACAAACAGAGGCGGGACUUCUUGGCCGAGGCGUCAAUCAUGGGACAGUUUGACCACCCCAACAUCAUCAGGCUGGAGGGGGUGGUGACACGCAGUAAACCCGUGAUGAUUGUCACAGAGUACAUGGAGAACGGAUCCCUGGACAGCUUCUUGAGAAAGCAUGAUGCCCAGUUUACAGGCAUCCAGCUGGUUGGCAUGCUGCGUGGCAUCGCCUCAGGCAUGAAGUACCUGUCAGACAUGGGCUACGUUCACCGAGACCUGGCAGCUCGAAACAUCCUGGUCAACAGCAACCUGGUGUGUAAGGUGUCCGACUUCGGCCUGUCCCGAGUCCUGGAGGACGACCCGGAGGCUGCCUACACCACCAGGGGUGGUAAGAUCCCUAUCCGGUGGACGGCUCCAGAGGCCAUUGCCUACAGGAAAUUCACAUCUGCCAGUGAUGCAUGGAGUUAUGGCAUCGUGCUUUGGGAAGUGAUGUCAUACGGGGAGCGACCCUACUGGGAGAUGUCCAAUCAGGAUGUAAUAAAGGCUGUGGAUGAGGGCUAUCGCCUCCCCCCGCCCAUGGACUGCCCUGCCGCCCUCUACCAGCUGAUGCUGGACUGCUGGCAGAAGGAGAGGAACAACCGGCCCAAAUUUGAACAGAUUGUCAGCAUCCUGGAUAAACUCAUCCGCAACCCCGGCAGCCUCAAAAUCACCGCCAAUACCACAUCUAGGCCGGCCAACCUGCUGCUGGACAGGAGCAGCUCAGAGGUUCCCUCGGUGGGGACGAUGGGCGACUGGAUGGACGGGAUGAGGACGCUGCCCUGUAAGGAGGCCUUCUCGGGGGUCAGCUACAGCUCUUGUGACACCCUGGCCAAGACCUCCGCAGAUAGAAUGGUACUGACGGAGGUCCACGUCACACCAGCCACUUGCCCAGAAUGGGAGCCAUCCAUGGGGAUCACCACUCUCUAACGCCCAGCCCCUCUCCUCCUCCUCAGGCUCUGGAUGGGAUCUAAAAAAGGUCGGAGUGACUAUCGUAGGACCUCAGAAGAAGAUCGUGAGCAGCCUCAAAGCCCUUGAUUCCCAC